UAGUUAUGUACACAUGCGCUACGCGCUAUGAUACAGGUGCUGAGUAAGAAAACGGUCGCAAGCGAGCCAUCGAUGUUACUCCACGCGCGGAGUCAGGUUCCAACGGGAACUCCACUGGAAGCAGGUUCCCACGACCAGGUGUGGUGUCGUAUGUUCAGACGGAUCGAGGCAACAUGAUCAUCAUAAACGUGGACGACAACGUGACCGGCAAACCUGGCAGCACCGAAAACACCAGCCUAGCUAAAUAGUACCGAAUCCAGAAGUUAGCUUUAGUCUUAGUUUAGCAGUUCGCAAAUAAAGAUCCCCAGUAAUAUUUUUUUUUAAACUUACUCCGGGCUAUCGUAAACAUAAUUGGCGCAGUCGGCUAGGCCCAAUUCACGUUCAGUGACAAGUGUUCAAGUACAGUGCAGUGAAAUAACGGAAAUAAAUCUGUGUAUCGCCCGGACUUUGCUCCAUCGCCCGAUCCGUGGUUGACUCGUGACGAUCGCGUGAAUUUCAUUAUUUCAUAAAGUGUAAGAACAAGUGCACGAACGGUUGGUUUCAACUAUUUAGAAUUGGAAGAGAACAUUCGAACAAAAGCUAGCGGCAAGACUCCCCAGCCAGCGUUACUGGGUAAACUAAUCAACGCAGGACAAUCGCUGACCCAACCCGUGGACAACGAGUGACCAAAGAAGAAAAGGAAGGACAAUCGCUGACCCAAUCCGUGGACAACGAGCGACCAAGGAAGAAAAGGAAGGACAAUCGCUGACCCAACCCGUGGACAACGAUCGAAGAAAAGGAAGGACAAAGCAAAGGACAGGUAACGGAAAACCCUAAUUUCCCGACACGUGGAUAAAUAAGGUGAGUUACAUCCUAAAGCAUAAGUUCCCCCACUCUUAUAAUAAAAAGGCGGUAGGCAACAAACAAUUUUUAUCAUUGAAUGCCAAAAUAUACCCCUUUCCCAAAAGUUCGUUCUUUGAACUUCACUAAGGACAAGAAAAUACCAGUGAAAAUGGAACAAAAUAUACACGCAUUGAUUGAAUCUAUGCGCUUGUUAGAGGAACGCGUUAACACACUCCAAGCGGAAAAUGAUAGUUUACAACGCUUCCAACAACAACAACAGCCGACGACCUCGAGUCGCAGUGCUGACUAUUUUCGUAUCCCGGAUCCAAUUAGGGUCAUUCCCGGAUUCGACGGAAACAAAAAACAGUUAAUCGGUUGGUUAACAACAGUUAAAAAAACACUAGACCUUUUCAAAAACAAUGUGGCACCAGAAAUAUUCAGUGUCUACGAACAGACCGUAAUUAAUAAGAUAGAGGGCAAAGCACGUGACACUAUUUGUGUGAACGGAAACCCUACUACUUUUGAUGAAGUCGCAGAUAUUUUGCAGAACGUUUAUGGCGAUCGAAACAACAUCGCAACGUAUCAAACACAACUGUGGAACCUAAAACAAAACGAAUCUUUGAGCCUUCACUAUAGAAAAACAAAAGAAAUUUUGAUCAAUAUGAAAUCAGUAGCAAGACAGAAUACGGUAUACGCUUCACAUUGGGAGGCAAUUAACCUGUUUUUAGAACAAGAAUGCCUCGCUGCGUUCAUAAAUGGUCUGAGCAAAACAUAUUUUGGACAAACCGCACAACCAGAAGACUUGGAAUCAGCUUAUGCCUUUCUAUGCAGAUUCCAAAACGCUGAAAGAACCAAAUCAAACACCAAUAAUGGGUUCGAAAAACAUCCUAGUGUCGACAAAAAUGUAAAAAGGGAUAAUAAAUUUUCACAACCUAAACACCUUGAAAAUAGACCAUUCAAUAACAUGAAACCAUCUUCAGAUCGUACAAAAAUUGUUCCCAUGGACGUCGAUCAAUACUUACGGUCCAAUAUGAGAAACGAAAUUUUCUCGCAUACAGCCGAAGAAGAUGACGGAAAAACAAUAUCAGAAGAAUCCGAUUCAGACGAAGAAACCGAUAAUGAAGAAGAUGUAAAUUUUCAAAUUACUGCAAACUUAAACCCACCGAGUUAAACGCAAUUAACGGACUACCCUUUUACACAACAAAAUUAAAUGGUUCAAACAUCAAACUUUUAGUAGACAGCGGAGCGAACAAAAACUUUUUAAAUCCAGAAUUAGUUCCACUAACUCAAAGAGUGAAAUGCGAAACAAUCACCAUAAAAAAUAAAAAUGGUAAGUUCAAAUCACAAGAAUGCACAUUCAUAACCAUUCUAGAUAAAAAAUUAAAAUUUUACCUUUUCAAAUGUCAUAAUUAUUUUGACGGAAUACUCGGAUACGAAUCACUCUCCGAUAUGGAAACACUAAUUGAUACAAAAAAUCAUAAACUUAUUCUACCCGAUCGUACAAUCGACUUAGAAAUGAGAACAUUAGAACCCCCUUCAAUUACAUUAAAUGCUAAUAAUUCUCAAAUUAUAAAGCUUCCUGUUUCUCAAACAAAAGGAAAUAUUUUUCUUCCAAAAGACAUUCAAAUAAAAGAUGCAAUAAUUCCUUCAGGCGUUUAUAAAGCAAAACAAGGAUAUGCUAAAGUUCUUGCCAGGAAUUACGGCGACACAUUAACAUUUCAUUGGACUAAACCAGCAAAAACAUAUGAAUUAGACAACAUGAUCGAAAUAAAUCACAUGAGCACACACCCAUAUAAUGAUUAUCCGCAAAAUUACAUAGCAAAUCUCGAAAAUUUAAUUCGCACCGAUCAUUUAAACAAAGAAGAAAAACAUAAAUUUUUCGAAAUUCUUAAACAAAAUCUAGGCAUCAUCCAUCAAGAAAAAGAAAAACUUUCAUGCACCACCGCUAUUAGACAUCGAAUAAAAACUAAAGACGAUAUACCCAUUCACACAAAAACUUAUAGAUACCCCAAUAUUCAUAAAGCAGAAGUGAAUAGGCAAAUCGAAGAAAUGAUUGCUGACGGUAUUAUCCAACAUUCUAUAUCUCCAUGGAUCCCCAAUCUGGAUAGUCCCUAAAAAAUCAGAUGCAAGUGGAAAGGA